AUGAAUGAAAUCGAUACAGUCGUUUUCAAUUCGGAACAGUCAAAGUUAUUAGUUUUCUUCAAAGUCAAUCAAGUAAGCGUAUCAGUAGGAGCUUGGAGAACUGAAAGUGACUUCAUUCGAGUUGGAAGCCGAUACCGUUUAAAGGGUCCAAAAAUAAGAAUAAAAUUGCACGUCAUACACCCAUUAUACAAAAAAGAUCAUUCAUUUGAUUAUGACGUGCAGCUCCUUGAAUUGUACAGAGACUUGCGGUUUGGAGACACUGUGAAGAAUAUAACAAUCAGUGAUGGACUUUGUGGCGACCAUAUAACUGUGUCUGGAUGGGGGUAUUCCGAGGAGAAGGGUGACUAUAGAAAUAUAUUACAACAAGUAAAAUUGCCGUUAGUUUCUUUACAAGAAUGUCAAAAGGUUGAACAGACCUGGUACAACAACACGCUUACUUCUAGAAUGUUCUGCGCUGGUGACGAAGAUGGCGACGCCUGUCAGGGUGACAGCGGUGGUGGUGCUGUGUCGUAUGGUCGACUUAUAGGCUUGUCUUCAUUCGGUUUUGGAUGCGGACGCGUGCCUGGAGUAUAUAUCAAUGUAUCCAGCCCUUAUAUAAGACUUUGGAUUAGAAUAUAUACAGGCGUAUAA